AUGCACCAAAAACACUACGACGGAAGAACCUGCAAACCCAAGCAAGACUGGAAGGUGCACUACGAAACUUCGGUUGAUGAGCUGGGCGUAAAACGCUUCACCUGCAAGAUCUGCAACAAGGCCAACAUGCGCUCGAUCGGCGAACAUCUGCGGUCCCACUUUCCGGAACAUCACGUGUGCGCGGCUUGCGGGGCGACCUUCACGCGCAAGAGCGCCUUCGACCGGCACCGGCGAACCCACGAAGAGAUGGUCCACGGCUGUUUCAGCUGCGACAAGACCUUCCUGAGCAUGCCGAAACUGCGACAACAUCUGGCCAAAGAGCACGACAUCGGAAUGACGCAGGUGGACGCGACCCAGGUGCCGACCGCCGGCACCGAGGAAGAGGUCGUGUUUGACGUUGUUGGGUAG